GGAGUAGAAAUCAAGCCCAGCAGCGAAGCUCUCAGUGGACCACUCCCGCCUCCCCUUCUCCACCUACCUUCUCGUCUCGACCAAAUCCAAUCUCAGUCGUUCAUACAUGGCGAUAUCCUCCAGCUUCUGCCCCACAAUCUCCAUAUCCUCUCCGAGGCGCCCUUCUCCUUUCCCCAAUUCCUGCUGCACUUUUGCCACUGUCGUCUCUUCCCAGCUCUCAAAAGAAGCGACCAAAAGUGUCGAAUUUCAAGGUCGUGUUGGUUUUUUAGGUCUCGGAAUCAUGGGCACACCCAUGGCAGUGAACCUAUUAAAAGCUGGAUGUGAUAUUACUGUCUGGAAUAGAACAAAGAGCAAGUGUGAUCACCUCAUCAACCUUGGUGCAAAGUAUGAAUCAUCACCAACGGAAGUUGCAUCAUCAUGCAAUGUGACAUUUGCAAUGCUUGCCGAACCUGAAAGUGCGAUUGAUGUUGCAUGUGGGACAAAUGGAGCUGCUAAAGGAAUGAGUCCAGGAAAAGGAUAUGUUGAUGUAUCAACUGUCGAUGGUGCCACUGCUAAGUUGAUAAACAAACAUAUUAAAGAUACAGGGGCCCUUUUUUUAGAGGCUCCAGUUUCAGGCUCCAAAAAGCCUGCAGAAGAUGGGCAGCUGAUUUUUCUUGCUGCAGGUGAUGCAUCUUUAUAUGAAACAGUGGCACCACUCUUAGAUGUCAUGGGGAAGUCAAGAUUCUAUCUUGGGGAGGUUGGAAAUGGUGCAGCCAUGAAACUCGUUGUCAACAUGAUCAUGGGAAGUAUGAUGGCUUCCUUUUCAGAAGGUUUGCUUCUCAGUGAGCAAGUCGGACUGGACCCCAAUGUUCUUGUUAAGGUCAUAUCACAGGGUGCUAUUAGUGCACCCAUGUAUUCAGUCAAAGGACCUUCAAUGGUUAAAGCCUCCUAUCCAACUGCAUUUCCUUUGAAGCACCAACAGAAGGAUUUAAGGCUUGCUUUGGGCUUAGCUGAAUCAGUUUCUCAACCAAUUCCAAUUGCAGCUGCUGCUAAUGAGUUGUAUAAAGCAGCCAAGUUUCAUGGCCUUGGUGAUCAGGACUUCUCAGCGGUUAUUGAGGCAUUAAGAGGGAAAUUGCAGCUCCCAGAACACUGAGAAAAUUACAACAUUCUUUGAACUGAAUUCAUGAUAUUGCUAGCUUAUUUUGAUGUUAUUUGGAUGACUCUGUGGCAAGGAAGUUUUCGCCUGGGUUUCCUCAAGAUUUGCCUUCUGGUUUCUCGUUCCAUUACAAGUUAUAACUUGCAUUGUUUUCUGAAAAUGUGCCUUCCCUGAGGAAAAAGUGUUGUGCUUCUUAAAGCUAAAACUCGAUGUGUAACUUACAGUCAGUUUUGGCCUGAUACUUCAACCCCUUUAAUGCGAAUAUCUACAUUCCACCAAA